AUGUCAGCAAGCGCCCCAUAUCCCGAGUUUUGGGUCCGUAAAAUGCGCUCAUUUUUUGUAAUUUUUGACCGCGACUUGGAUGGUGUAGUCAAAAAGGAAGAUUAUAUGGAUAUUUGCAAUGCUAGAGCAAAGUACCAACUUAAUCAAGAACAACUGGAAACGUACAUGGGCCUAGUGAACUAUGCUUGGGAUUAUUUCUGGGCCGGUCCGGAGAAGAAAGUGAAUGUUACUUUUUGGGACUGUGUCCACAACCACGCACGCACUUUUGGCGAACCAGCUUUUCAAGAAAAGGAGAAAAAGUGGUUCUAUGUCUAUUUUGAAAAAAUCGCAGACAAAAAUGGUGACGGUAUUGUGACCAGAAAGGAAUAUGAAGAGUUUCUGGGCCUUUUUGGCGUACACCCGCUAUCUGUGCCUCCGUCGUUUGAAGCCUUGGAUACAGAUGGUGAUGGUCAGAUCAGUAAAGAGGAGUUCGCAAAUGCUGCCGUAGGUUUCUUCUGCUGCACUGCAGACACCCCGGCAAAGUUAUUUUGGGGUCCGUUCUUGGCUUAA